AUGUCUGCUCUUGGUAAACUAGCUAUGGAUUUUGUCCAAAUAUUUAAUGUGAUUAUUAUAUCUUUAGGAUUAUCGACUUAUUCACAGCCAAAAAUUGGUGAAAUUCAUACAGCUAGAAUAAGUAUGGUCAGUUUAUUUGGAAGGCUAUCAAAUUUUGAUUCAGAAACUGACAAUCGAUCUGAAUCAUCAUCGACAUCAUCGUCAUCGCAAAAGUCUAGCGAUCAUCUUCCCAAAAGACCUUGUGUCAUCUGGAACACAGAACCUACCAUACAAGUUUUAGCAAUGACGCGAUUUGGUGGAGCUGAUGUGGCCGAUUCGAAUGUUCGUCUUUUCGAUCAUUUAACACAUGAAUAUGUGUUAAAACGACUGGUGGCAGUUUCUCCAAAAAUACCAUAUGGCGGAAGACGAUCAAUUUCUGCAAGAACAAAGGCAACAGAUGGACCGAUUAAAACUGUGAAUACUAACUUGGUUUUAAUUCCGACAUUUGUUCCUGAAAAGUGGAAAUGUAAAACUGUUCAGGAAUAUUUCCCAUUCGAAGAAUUACAGUAUAUUAACGAAGUUCUUAAUCAAAUUCGCACAGAAGAAUCGAAAGAAUCGGACGAACGACUAAAAAUCGUUCAAGAAAUGAAUCAUCUACAAUCAUCACAUUCUAACAAUGAUCAUGGGAGAAAUCAGCACGACAACAAUUCAUCUUCAUCAUCAUCUUCAUUACCAAGAACUCGUGCAAGAUUCGUCGAAGAUCUUCAUUGGAACAAAAAAGAUUUUGUAAAUAAAUGGUUAGAUAAUGUUCAAAAUGAGUAUCCUGAAUCGUUGAACAACAGUCUGAAGACAAUGCUUUCAUUAGUCAUUCCAAAUGUUCUUGAAGAUCACUGGUAUAAUCGAAAUGCAUAUGCCCGAUUUUCUGCGGACUGGAUUUCGGCGAUGACGAUUCAUACCGAUUGUUUCGAAUUUGAAAAAUGUUUAGAUCCACUGAGUCAGGCAAUCCGCUUACCUCUUUCAAAUGACGUUGUUUUGAAUGAAAAUUAA